ACAACUAUAUGCCACAUGUUCAGUUCACUCGUCCUGUUGGCAGGUGAUUGUGAAGGAACACUAGGAAAGUUGAAGAUGAAGGUGGUUGUGCUGACCGCGUGUCUGUGGGCUGUGGUUGUCGCUAUGCCAAAGACUGUGCAGCAGUUUGAGAUCGAAAUCCCAACACACGUAGGAUCCGUUAGGAUCCGUUUCGACCCAUAUGACGUCACAUGGACAGAGUUCAAGAAAAAACAUGGAAAAUCUUACGAUAGCGAGGAGGAGGAGAAGGUCCGCAUGAAGAUUUUUAUUGACAAGGUCAAGCACAUUGAGCUUCACAACUGGGAAUAUGUCAACAAGAAACAGUCCUACUACAAAGGCAUCAACCAGUUCUCUGACUUGACGUUUGAAGAAUACAAGCUGUACAACCGCCUGCAGGCACGAAAGCAGGUAGACAGUACUUUCAAGUGCAGCAAGUUCCAGCCUCCACUCAUGUGGCACGCACCUGCCGAGGUGGACUGGCGCACCCAGGGCUACGUCACUUCCGUCAAGGACCAAGGGUUUUGCGGCUCCUGCUGGGCUUUCUCUACCACUGGAACGAUGGAGGGUCAACACUUCCGAAUGUCCGGUGAACUGGUCUCACUCUCCGAGCAGCAGCUGCUGGACUGCUCAACGACGUUCGGAAAUUACGGCUGUGAUGGAGGAUUCCAUGGCUUGGCUUAUGCCUACAUCAACAGCGUUGGAGGCUUGGAGUCUGAGACCGACUACAACUACACUGCAAAGUAUGAGCCUUGCAAUGUCACCGCUUCAAAGAUUGUGCCUGAGACGAAAGUCCUCGGCUGCCAGGACAUCGCCUCUGGAAACGAGAGUGACCUCAUGCAGGCCGUGGCCAGCCAAGGACCUGUCUCUGUCGGAAUUCAUUCCACCGAGCCUUCUUUCCAAGAUUAUUCCGGAGGUAUUUAUAAUGAGCCCCACUGCAGUUCUACUGAACUGGACCAUGGUGUCCUUGUUGUAGGUUACGGCAGCUCCAACGGGCAAGAUUACUGGAUUGUCAAAAACAGCUGGGGCACGAAAUGGGGACUUGACGGUUACAUCCUGAUGUCCCGAAAUAAGAACAACCAAUGUGGUAUCGCCACCGCAGCAACUUUCCCUCAACUGGGCAAAAAUUGUGUCUGUGGGCUGUCGCUGUCGCUAAGCCAAGGACGGUGGAGCAGUUUGAGAUCGAACCCCCGACACACAAGGGCCCCGUCAGGCUGCGCUUCGACCCCUAUGACGUCACGUGGGCAGAGUUCAAACAGAAAUCAUGCAAAAUCUUACGAUAGCGAGGAGGAGGAGAAGGCCCGCAUGAAGAUUUUUAUUGACAAGGUCAAGCACAUUGAACUUCACAACUGGGAAUAUGUCAACAAGAAACAGUCCUACUACAAGGGCAUCAACCAGUUCUCUGACAUGACGUUUGAAGAAUACAAGCUGUACAACCGCCUGCAGGCUCGAAAGAAUGUAGAGAAGACUUUCAAGUGCAGCAAGUUCCAGCCUCCACUCAUGUGGUACGCACCUGCCGAGGUGGACUGGCGCACCCAGGGCUACGUCACCCCCGUCAAGGACCGAGAGUGCGGCUCCUGCUGGGCUUUCUCUACAACUGGAUCCAUGGAGGGUCAGCACUUCCGUCUAUCCGGCGAACUGGUGUCCCUGUCAGAACAGCAGCUGGUGGACUGCUCCAAGAAGUUCCAAAACAGCGGCUGCAAUGGCGGACUUAUGGACCAGGCUUUUGCCUACAUUAACAGCGUUGGCGGCUUGGAGACUGAGCAAGCCUACAAAUAUCUGGCGCAGGAUGGGGCCUGCAAGUUCAACGCUUCAAGGAUUGUGCCCGAGACCGCUGUCACCGGCUGUCAGGACAUCGCCUCCGGAAGCGAGAGUGACCUCAUGAAGGCCGUGGCCAGCCAAGGACCCGUCUCUGUCGCCAUUGAUGCCUCCAACGACUCGUUCCAGGAUUACUCGGAGGUACGUAUUUAUAAUGAGCCAGGAUGCAGUUCUGUUAAUCUGGACCAUGGUGUCCUUGUUGUGGGUUACGGAAGCGACGAGGGUGAAGAUUACUGGAUUGUCAAAAACAGCUGGGGGAAAGUCUGGGGAACUAACGGUUACAUCCUCAUGUCCCGAAAUAUGAACAACCAGUGUGGUAUCGCCACAGCAGCCAGCUUCCCUCAGCUUGCCAAGAACUAAUUAAGAUCUGAAUGAAAGAAACGGAAGUACUUCCGAGUGAGCAGCUGGACUGGCUUAAACUAACUUUAUGUUUUUUAUGGUGUUUAUAUAAAAUAAAAUUAUAAACUAGA